AUGACUCCUAAUAAGUGGAUGACUAAACUCUAUCAGGCAUUCGCUAAAUAUAAGCUCACUAUUUACAUGUUUGGCGAUACUAACCAGUGUGAUCCCGUUGAGCCAUCUGAUAUGUUUUACGAUUAUGUUAAGUCAGUGGUUGUUUCUGAGAUGUGCCCGCGACGGGUUGAAAUGAAGUAUAUAGAAGAAUAUGCUCGAUACGACCCACAAACACGGGAUCUGUUAACCAAGUUUCUCAAGAGUGGCAGUAUCAAACACCAAUUUGAACCACCAGUGGAUAGUUACCAUAAUAUUUGCUAUCUGAACAAAACAAGGCGGCAUGUCACGCAAGAAUGCUGUAAUAGAUUUACAGAAAACUUGGAAUAUUAUGAGAUCGACUUCAAAUAUCAAGGACAUAGGGAGAAAUAUAAGGUAGCGGUUGGAAUGCUAAUGAUAGUAACACAAAAUAUGCGGAAUAAAGAUAUGUUUAAUAUGGAGCAGUAUAACAUUGACAAUAUCGGGGAGUCUGAAGAUGGCAAUCUUGUAUUUACACUACGUGAUACAAUAUUCAGUUACAGUGAAUUUCGCGAAUCUUUUAUAGCAUCAUUUUGUGCUACAGUGUAUAAAUAUCAGGGAGGGACAAUAAGCACCCCAUAUAAUAUUUAUGAUGUUGAGAAAAUGGACAAGAAACAACUCUACACAGCAUUAUCUAGAACAAAGGGACUGAAUCAUGUCCACCUUGAUACAACAAAGUUGAACUCUAAAUACAAAAUCAGAAUGCCACCGCUCUGUGUGACAGUAAAUAGCUACUUUAAUGAUGAUUACCACAAUGGUCAAAUUUACAAGAUUACCUUCGAACACAACAAUAAAUUGUAUAUUGGUAGCUCUAUCAGAAAUCUACAAGAACGGCUCAAUGAACAUGUGACUACAAAAUCAAGUGCAAGAUUCAAGUACAAGGAUGAUGAACCAAUAAUUAUGCCAAUAAUACGCGCACCUUGUAAGGACCGACAAGAAUUAAACAGCGUGGAAGCCGAAUACAUCAGAUAUUAUAGUGUAAAAUAUGGGGACCGUUUACUCAACAAACAAUCAGUCCCAGAACAGACAGUCAAAAUUGAAUACAAACAUCAAGCGCAAAUUGAGACAGAAAAUCAAAUGCGAGAACGACUGCACCAGAAGUUUGGUGAUAAAAUCAAGAUCAAAGAUGAUCCAAUGAAUAAGCUACUAUAUUACGACGUGAAGAUUGACGGUAAGCGCUACGCUACAAAAGCACGUUAUAAUGAACAAUCCAAAGAAGAAGCGUUAACCAAGAUCACAAAAAAGCAACAACAGUUAGUCGAUGACUUGACAAUCAACUUUAACUAA